UAUUACUUUGUUUAUUAGUUUGUACGCAAAUGUUUUAGUUCACAUUAUUUUCUCGAAAUAAAUUUACGUUUAUCAUUAAGUUAACGAAAUGUUUCAUCGGCGUUGCAUUGUUAUAAAUAUGCGCUCAGCCCUAGCGCUUAUCAUGAUAUUUAUAUUUAGUGGCAUAAGGCAGAGUCAGACUGCUGGUGGUAAUCUCAUGGAAGCUGAAACUAAACUGGAAGGUCAAUUAAAAAAUGUCACUAACAACAACGACGCCAUACCGCUCACAAUAAAAAGCAUCAAUGACACCAAUGUAUCUUGUCCAGGGACUCCCGAGAGUGAAUGUUCGACGUUGCCAUUUCCUUGUAUACGCUGCAAUUACAACUACUCAUGCCACUAUGGUCGCGAUCUUAACGUAUCAUGCACAGCAUUGGACCAUGUACCAUGUCAAGGUAAUCGCACGUUCAUACAGCAGAUGAAUUGUCGCUAUUGCUAUCAAACGGGGAUGUGGCAACAGUCGUGCAUGCUGCGCGGAAAUUGCAAUUCUGUCAACGCUCAUUAUUAUCGCACCAAUUGCACAGUUCAUUCGGAUGUCUUUUGUCUCGGUAAUCGGUCUUUUACUCGCAAUGUCAAAUGUAACUGGACGCAAGGAUAUCGCUGGAGUACGGCACUUAUUAUCAGUAUUACAUUAGGUGGCUUUGGCGCCGACCGCUUUUAUCUCGGGCACUGGCAAGAAGGAAUCGGAAAGUUAUUCAGUUUUGGUGGCUUGGGCGUAUGGACUAUUAUUGACGUUCUGCUCAUAUCGCUGCAUUACUUGGGACCGGCUGAUGGUUCCUUAUACAUAUAGUAGUAAUAAUAAUAAGUGAUAUUGUGUAGUUUUAGGAAAACAGACUGUAAUAAUUAGAUUUAAUGGUAUAUUAGUAUUUUAUUUGAUAAAA